AUGGAGUCCGACGGGCUCAACGCCGCGAGCCUGCCGUGUUGCGAGUUCCUGAGCCGCCGCCAGAUGUCGCUCGAGACGGCUCAUCGCGAUGAUCCUGAGAAGCCAGCGUUCGAGGGCUCGCACAUCUACAAGGGCGAAGACGAGGAGGGCACGGGUGCGUCGGUGACGCCCGCCUUCCGGGCACACGUCGCAUCCGAGUUGUCGAGGGGGCAUGCGAUCGAGAAGGAGAAGAGGAAGGCUCGGGAGGCCAAGGCGACCGCUGGCGCUGGGGAGACGCGCAACGCCGUGACGCCCCUCCGCCAGAUCAUGUUGGCCCGCGACCCUCAGGUGGACCUCGGGUCUACGAGGGUGCGCGCCGGGGCGUCCAGGACGGCCCGACGCCGCAGCACUUGCCGCCGGCUGGCCCUAGACGAUGCAAACGACAUGGUGGCCGCGCUCAACGCCCUCUACGGCUGUGAGCGCGACGCGCUGCGGCUCAGCUUCUGGGACCUCGAACUGAUUAUGGAGGUGAUGGUGUUGGACGUAGAUGCUCGGAGGGUGUUCACCAACUUCGACAACUUCAUCCUCGCGAGCCCGGACGUCGUGUCCGAGCGUAGGGAGCGCGCAGCCUCGCGCCCCUACUUCGACGUCACUUCACGGGCUGACAAGAAGGCCUAUGUGGAUUUUCUCCGGCGCCUGAAGGAUCGACGUCUACUUGGAGUGGCGUCGGAGUCGCUCAGUCUCGUGACCCCCUUCUUCGUGGCCAAGAAGAAGGGGAAACAGAGGCUCGCGCUGGACUGGCGGCUCGCUAACACCCUCUUCGCCCACGCCACCACCGUCGAGAUCGGGAGCUCCGAGGCGCGCUUCUACCAGUGCGGCGGCGUCGGGAAGCUGAGCAACUACUUCUGCCUGCCCUCGGUGUCCGUCGACGUGGCCCUCGAGCUCGGCCUGGCCGUGGACAUCCGCGGUCAGGGCCGGGCCCACAUGGAGAUGCUGCGCCGUGCCGCGGUCCCAGGCGACAGGAUCGCCCUCGGGGCCAAGCCGCUGCCGCCGUUGACUUCAGGUCCCGUGGAGUUGCCCUACUCGGACAAAAUCAACGUGCUGGGUGUGAAGGCCGACGAAGUCACCGAGCUGAGAGACCGUGUCGUGGCCCGCUUCUCCGACGAGGGCUUCAGUAUGCACGAGAUCUCAGUCGCCAGCGUGCACUCAACCAUCCUGGGCGCCGACCUGUGGGUGCUCCGAGGCGCGCUGCAGUGGCUAGCGAGCGGCCCCAUUGUCACUGGCCGGCAGGUUGAAGUGGUGGUCGGUCACUGCGUCGCCGCAGCCCUCUUCAACCGAGCAGGGAUGUCUGUCCCUCGCGCUUUAUACGGCUUCAUCCGCGAUCGUUACUUGAGGCCUUGUCGACUCUGGCGCUCUUGCCGUUGCGAGACGUGGAUUUUUUCAGCCGUCGCGGCGCUGCUGGGGGCCCAGUUAGACAGGCCAUUGUCGCCGACCGUGACGGCCACCGAUGCUUCUACGACGGGCUUCGGAGUGUGCGAAAAGAAAUUGGAUUCCUCAGAAGUCUCAGAGCUUGGAAAGUGGCAUGAGAAGUGGAGGUUCAAACGUCUCCAGCCCGAAGAAUGGGCCCCCCGAAGGAGAGCUCUCGACGAUUUCCCUGGGAUCACCGAUCCUGCUACCGUCCUCGCCAACAAUGUCAUCGACGGGUGGGCUGAAGUCGCGGGGUUCCCAGAGGCCCCUCGUCAUGUACUACAUAAAGAGGGAUGGAGGGUUAUCUACAAGGGGCCGUAUCGCUAUGUCGAGCACAUCGGGCUGAAGGAGGUGAGGGCCAUGAUAUGGGCUCUUCGUCGUCUCGCCAAGGACCCAUCCCAACAUCAUCAUCGUCAUUUAUUCCUGCUCGACAAUUUCGGCGUCUGCUGCUGCUCCGAUAGGGGCCGACCGCCGUCAUAUUGCAUGUUACAGUUGAACCGUCGCCUUGCGGCUCUAUCCCUGGCCGCCAACAUAAGCCCGCACUUCCGGUGGAUCCCGUCGGAAUGGCAGCCAGCCGACAAGGCCUCAAGGACGUUCGAGGGCCUCUCGCCGGAGCCGCAGAGCAGCCCUGCCCGUUCGCCCAGGCCGACCUCGGUGCCAAGGCCCAAGAGGCGCCGCCUGGGGACCGCCGCAGUGGCCGAGGGGCUGGUGCGCACGCCGGGCGGCCUGGGGGGCAGGCGGGCCCCACUGCACGCCCGGCUGGCCAAGGCUUUGGAGCCCAACCGGAGCAGCCCCGCCUCGGCCAUGGCGCUCUCCAAGUGCGAGCUGGCCGCGGCGGUCGACGCGACGCGCGCCGGCCACAGGGCGUACUCCGAUGCGUUUCAGGUGCUCCUCGCCGAGGAGGGAGGAUUGCCUUCGACCACCGAGGACAUGGAGGUGCGGGUGCUGCAGUUCCGCGACCUCAGGCUGGAGGCGGAGUGCGCCCGAGCCGACGCGACCAUCCUGGUCGCAGCUGUGAGGGGCGCCUGCCCGUGGUGCACUGGCUCGCAGUCGAUGCCGCGCGUGGCGUCGACCGUCCUCACCUACAUCCGCCCAGGAGCCCUUCGGAAAAUACAAGUACGGCAGCUGUUGGCCCCCUCGAGGGCCUCUGGGCAGCUGCAGUGCUGGAGCCUGAUCCUCGCGCCGGCCCAGAUGGAGGCAGGCGCCCCAGGCGAUCCGAGGGGCUCCCAACGAGAGCCCACCAAGACGGGCACCUCGGACGAGACCGUGAUCCUCGACCACCCGGCCGGGCUCGGCGAGCGCCUGGCGGCCAGUGUUCGUGGGGGGGCGCCGGCCGACCUGAUCUUUCCCACUCCAGGCGCAUUCGUGGCGCCCCAGUUCGGAAUCGCAGCCGCGAAGUGCGGCCUCCCCCGGGUCUGUCUCUACCAGUUGCUGCGCCAACUUCUCAAUGCCUUGCAUCCAGCCUCCAGGGACUUCGGCAGGCAAAAGUUCGUGCUGAGGGGGUCGCUGUCCCAACGGACCGCCACGCCAGAGGCGAUCCCCCAGUGA